UCUUUGUUUGUUAAUGGAAAGCAUUUUAAACACAAUCAGAGACAUAAACAUCAACUCAUGAUGAAAGGAACUAUUACAUUUGAUAAAUAUAUUGUCAUUUUCACACUUUGAUUUAAAUUCCCAAAAGAGGAGUCAUUUUUUUUUUUUUUUUAAUAUCUUAUCCUAGUUAUAUCAAUUAAAUAAAUGGUGAGGUAUAGUUGAUGGGAGUUUCUAUUUAUAUAUAUAUGUAUAUAUAUAUAUGAUGAUCAUAUCAAAGUUGUAUAAGGUGGUUCAAGUCAUAGUCCUCCAAACUAAGUAAGUAAUCAUGUUAUCUUUAUCCCCUCCUUUGUUUUCACCCUUUGGAUGGGCAUUAGAGGACAACUACAACAACCAUAGAGAAGCAGAAACUACUUGUGAAUCAUUUCUUCAUUUUCCUUCAAUUCAGAACAACAACAUUGGGUCCGGCGAAUCUCCAAUUUUUGGUGCAAGCGGUGAAGAUGCAGCAGCCACUAUGGUUAAAAAAAUAAACCAUAAUGCUAGUGAGCGCGAUCGUCGUAAGAAGAUUAACAAUUUGUAUUCCUCUCUCCGUUUACUGCUUCCACCACCUGAUCAAACGAAGAAAUUAAGCAUUCCGGCAACAGUGUCACGGAUGCUAAAAUACAUACCAGAGCUACAGAAGGAAUUGCAAAGAUUGGUUCAAAAGAAGGAAGAUCUUUCAUCAAGGAUUAUUUCUAGUUGUAGGCAAUUAGGAGAAAAUCAAAGUCAUCCACAAGCUUUGACUAAGAGCUCUUCUUCAUCUGUUGUUUCAGCAAGUCAACUGGGUGAUACAGAAGUUGUAAUUCAGAUAUCAACAACAACAACAGUUAAGACUAAUAGUAAUACUCCUUCAUUUUCUGAGGUCUUACUAAAUUUAGAGCAAAAUGGACUUCUUUUGUUGGAUGCUUCUGUUUUUCAAUCCUUUGGAGACACCAGGAUCUUCUAUAAUCUGCACCUUCAGAUUCAACAGGUGCAAGGAACUCCAAAGAUGGAGCUUGAAAUGUUGAGACGAAAGUUACUCUCUUUCUAUGAGAAGAGAGACUAAUUGUUACCAUGACUUUUUGGCUUUAUAUAAUUUAACAGGAGGUGGUUGUAAUUUUUGUAAACAAACAACUUGUACAAAGGUUCAAUAUAUAUAUAUAUAUAUAUAUUGAUAGAAACUAAAUUGUGAUUGUUACUUUUGUCAUCAAAUAACCUGUACAAAGGUUCAAUAUUGCGGAAAUAUUUUUCAUGAUAUACUGUCUUAAAUUUUUU